UCCGCCGCGCGGGCCCGCUCGCGGGAGGGCAGCUCGAUCUCUCUGGCGCGGCCGCGACCGCGGCCGGCGGCGACGGCGACAGGAGGAGGAGGAGGAAGGGGAGGGUCGGAGGGGGAUGGGGUCGAAGAGGAGGGCGAGCGAAGCUGGCACAGCCAAAGCACGCCGGCGAGCGAGUACCAGGGAUCGACCUGCUCUCGUUUUGCUGUCAGUCCAGGCCGCCUCUGCAACAAGGCGAAGUCGAGGCGAAAACGGCCCACGAGAUCGUCAGGACACCGUCUGGUCUGGUUCGACCCCUGGUUCAGUGCUGCUCGCCGGCGCGUGGUGCCCCACCACGGGAGGCAGCGGGCAGACGCAGGCGGCGCCGAGCCGGAAGAUAUAGCAUUCGCGCGAGGGGCUGUGGAGGAGGAGGAGGAGGAGGAGGAGGAGGGAAAGGAGGGGGAGGAGGAGGGGGAGGAGUGGGGCGGCGCACACCGCCCCCACCAGGGGCUGUUCAAAAAAAAACCCUCGGGCGCCUGCGCCAUGCGCUCGGCGCGCUGGCCGCGGGCGGCGGGUCGGCGGGGAAGGGGCGCGACAGGCAGAGGGGAGGAGCGACGGCCGAGCGCACUGUCGCCGUGGCGGCUGCGAGUGCACAACGAAAAACGCGGCGGCACUGCCGCCAGCUGCCCCGCCGCCCUCCCCGAACUGCCCCGCCCCCCCCCUCCCGCGGAAGGAGGGUGGCGGAGGGUCCCGCACGGGACGGGUCGGCCAGAAGGGGGAGCUGCCUACCGGGAGCCCUUGAACUUCGGGGCCUGCAGGACGCCGAGCACGGCGGCGAGCACGAAGAGGGCCACCCCGCCGAGCCCGAGCACGAGGGCGGCCACGGGGCCCGCAGGACCCUCGAUCGAGGAGAAGGACACGAACGCCGCGGCCAGCAGGGCCACCGCGCCGGCGCCAGGCACGGCGGCGGCGAAGGUGUCCGACGACGUGCCCUCCACGGCGGACAGGACCCUGGUGCGCUCCAGCGUGCUCAGGACGCCCUGCUUCUCGGUGAGGGUCAGGGGCCGCGUGAUGCCAGCCGCCGACGCGACGGAGGCCGCGAGGGACAGCAGGCGGUUCUCCUCGAGGAAGGACAGCAGGCGCCUCUGCUGCAGCACCGUCAGCAGCGAGACCGGGGUCUUCUGCUUGACCGUGUCGAAGUCCCCUUCCGCUCAUUGAAGACGAGGACGCUCGAGUCGACGUCCAGGUCGACCGUCCUCCUAGUCCCCGACGUGAUGCCCCCGAUGACCACCGCGGCGCCCAGCGCGACCAGGGCCGGCAGCCCGAGGCCCCCGGCGAAGACCCCCCGGGUGAACUCCACGUCCUGCUCCACUUCCGCGGUGCCGACGGCGAAGGCUGCGGCUGCCAGCGCAAGGCCGGCGGCAGCAGCCUUGGGCACCGUGCCCUUGUCGGUGAGCACGUCCUCGGCCAGGGUGAGCAGGCCCUUGUCCUCCAGGAACUUCAGCAGGCCCAGCCUCUCCGGCAGGUCAUAUGCGGACGCCGGCCUCC